UUACGUCAUAUGUAUAUACAUAAAUAAUGUUGCCUUGAGUGACCACAUACAGUUUUGAGUUCAACAUUGCUUCUUACGAAAUAAUCUUUUUUAUCUAUUUUUAAUCUAAAAACCACCAUUUAUGGUUUCAACGUGGUUUGUUAUCAUUGUAUAGCAAAGAUAAAUCAAUAAUUUUUGCUCGAAUUAAAGAUCCUAUCGACGGAGAAAUAAAAAUCAAAAUGGACCCUGGACCGGUUGUGCAGAAACUUCAUGCUACUUUCAAAAGUGGAAAAAGCAAACCCAUUGACUUCCGUAAGCAACAGCUGAUGAAACUUAAAGACCUUCUUGAUGAAAAUACAGAUGUGAUCCUUGGAGCAAUGAAGGAGGAUCUUGGCAAACCUGCUGCAGAAUCAUUUAUGAUGGAAGUUCAAUUAGUCAUUAAUGACAUUUGCGAGGCUAUCAAUAAUUUGGAUGACUGGACUAAACCAGACUAUGUACCAAAAUCUAUGGUCAAUAAGAUGAACACAAUAUAUAAUAUCUAUGAACCGUUGGGUGUAUGCUUGAUUAUUGGUGCGUGGAUACCAGUCCAAAUAACACUGUUACCAUUGGCAUCUGCAAUUGCGGCAGGAAAUUGUGCACUGAUAAAGCCGUCCGAGCUUUCACCAAAUACUGCUGAUUUGUUGGAGAAAUUGAUUGAAAAAUAUCUGGACAAUGAUUGUUACCGUGUUCUAAAAGGUGGUGUUGAGGAAACGACUGCUAUUUUAAAAUGUCGUUUUGAUCACAUCUUUUAUACUGGUAGUACAGCAGUUGGUAAGAUUAUGGUCAAAGCAGCAGCAGAACAUCUUUCAAAAGUCACUCUUGAGUUGGGUGGAAAGAGCCCUUGUUACUUGGGCCGAAGCUCCAACCUAAAAUUGGCAUCAAGGAGAAUUGCAUGGGGAAAAUACAUAAAUUCUGGACAAACUUGUAUUGCACCAGAUUACAUUUUAUGUCACCCAAGCACACAAGAAGAAUUUAUUCAAGAAAUGAAAAAUACAAUCACGGAAUUCUUUGGAGAGGACCCAAAAAACUCCAAAGAUUUCGGUCGUAUCGUCAACGCUCGUCAUUUUAAACGCGUCCACAAACUAAUGUCCAGCGGUCGACAGGCAAUUGGAGGCGAUGUCGAUGAAGAGGGAAAAUACAUUUCUCCAACUGUUCUGACGGACAUUCUUUCUUCUGAUCCUAUUAUGCAAGAAGAGAUAUUUGGUCCAGUGUUGCCUAUAAUUACAGUGAAUGAUAUCGAUGAAGCAAUAAACUUUAUUAAUGAGAGAGAAAAGCCACUAGCUUUGUAUGUGUUUACAAAUGAUGACAAGGAAGUGGAAAGAUUUAUUCUUGAUACAUCAAGUGGUGCAAUUUGUGCAAACGAUACUUUAAUGUACGCGACAGCGGAACACUUACCUUUUGGUGGCGUUGGUCAUAGCGGAACUGGCGCGUAUCAUGGAAAAAUUGGCUUCGAGGAAUUCUCACAUAAGAAACCAGUUUACGUCACAAAACAGAUGCUUGAGGCAGUUAACACGCUACGUUAUCCGCCAUAUAAUCAAACAAACAUCAAUAGAUUAGUGUGGAUACUUGGCAAGAGGGUAAAAAGAUCAUCGAGUGAUGUUUUGUUCAUACCUUGCUUAAUUUUGGGAAUUUUUUUCUCCUUUAUAAUGAAGAUCAUUGGCCUUCCAAGAUAUUUCUUGAGCUAAGAGUAUGGAAGGUGGUUAUGUCAAAGAUCAAAAAAACUUCAAUGAAUGAAAAAACUUAUAACGUAAAAUAUAUCUAAGAGUGAUUAGUCCAACAGAAACACUACAUUUAUUUUCUACAAAUUUUACAUACUUAAAUAUAUUAUUCAUUAUCUAAAACUAAAUACUAGAACUAUUUCACAUAUUCAGUGCGCAAAAGAUAGAAAAUCUUUUAAGCUUUGGCCUGCAGUAAAUUUCACAUAUUAUGUUUACUGAUGUUAUCAGUUCA